AGUGAGAUGUUUUAAGUGUAUAAUUAACACAGCAAGUUUUAGUAUUUUAAGGAUAUAGGUCACAUGAUACGAAUAUAGCGUUUGCGAAUUAUUGUGGCAAAUAGUAGGUUUUCAUCUUUUAGUGUUUCACUCUUUCGAAGUUACUCAAGGGGUCAUUGUCUUAGGUAAAUAGUCAUUUUGACUUUUCAUCUCGGAUUUGAAUGUAUUUCAGGGCAAUGAGCCUAACUAUUCCUGAGUCUCAAUAUGUCAUGUCGUCAGUAGAUUGCAGUAUUGGCGAAUACGUUCUUGUCUGGGGCGAAUCCACUUUCCUGUACGUUUUUAGGCUGGUGAUAAUUACUUUUCCAUCAAUGGUCCAGUUUCAGAGUCUAUAUAUAUCAAAUUGUGGCAAGAGCGUCUCACAUUCUCACAUAAUGGAAGGAACUUCUCGAGCUCUUUCUAAUACCAUAAAAUUCGUUGGUCUACUUGGUAGUCAUGCUCUUGGUAGCAAUCCAAGGUUUAUGGCUACAGCGGUUGAUCUAGGACGUGAAUUGGUAAGGCGAAAAAUCAGGCUUACCUACGGAGGAGGCAACAUUGGCCUUCAAGGAGCUGUAGCUUCAACAGUCUAUAAUAAUUGUGGUAGAGUCAGAGGUUUCAUACCAGGGUAUAUAGCAACAUCGAAAUUUGCCAACUUUGUCAUUUCCGUCACAACUGGACAGCCUGCGGUAAUUUGGGCAUAUCUCCAUCGUUUCUUCACGGAAUUGCAAACCGUUUGAUUCUGUGGAUUCCUAAGAUGUAAGGCUACAACUUUUGUAUAGAAAGUAUUUCGUUUUAACAUAUGUAAGAUAGCGUAAAUCGAACCUGAAGUCACUAGAAAGUUGCUGUCCAGAAUUUCGGGUAUGUCGAUGAACAUGAUUCCGACGAUUAACUCACUAACUUCAACAUUCCAACGCCGAACUUUCUUUGCAAUACCUUCCGGAUGUUCCUAAUAAUUGUUAGAGAGUUUAUGAUAAGUAUUUGGGAUGAAAUAAUAUGAAUUUUGGUGA